GCUCUUGACACGUUACGUCACUCCGGUGUCGUUAGGUGGGGCGGGGGCUGUUGUUGUCGACGCUCGGGGUGUGAAGCUUCUGCUUGUACAUCAAACAUAUUAAUAAUAGUGUUAAUAGCAAUAGCAUAAUAAGAAUCGUCACCAUCAUGGGGAACUGUUUGACCGUUGGGCCCAACGAAGCUCUGGUUGUGUCCGGUACUUGUUGUGGCCCUGAUGAGAAGACCUACGUGGUGGGAGGAUGGGCCUGGGCUUGGUGGCUCAUCUCAGACACACAAAGGAUUACUCUGGAGAUCAUGACUCUGCAGCCCAGAUGUGAGGAUGUGGAAACAGCAGAGGGCGUAGCCAUCACUGUCACUGGUGUGGCUCAGGUCAAAGUCAUGACAGAGCCUGAUUUACUGGCAGUGGCUUGUGAACAGUUUUUGGGUAAAUCAGUGACGGAAAUCAAAGCUGUGGUUCUGCAGACUUUAGAGGGACACCUGCGCUCCAUCCUGGGUACCUUGACUGUAGAGCAGAUCUACCAGGACCGGGACCAGUUUGCUAAACUGGUAAGGGAGGUAGCAGCUCCUGAUGUGGGCAGGAUGGGCAUAGAGAUUCUCAGCUUUACCAUUAAGGAUGUCUACGAUAAACUGGAUUACCUGAGCUCUCUGGGAAAGACCCAGACUGCAGCGGUUCAGAGGGAUGCAGAGAUCGGGGUGGCUGAAGCAGAAAGGGAUGCUGGGAUACGGGAAGCAGAAUGUAAAAAGGAGAUGAUGGAUGUCAAAUUCCAGGCUGACACCAAGAUGGCCGACUCCAAACGAGAACUGGAGCUACAGAAAGCUGCUUUCAACCAGGAAAUCAACACUAAGAAAGCAGAGGCCCAGCUGGCGUACGAGCUGCAGGCUGCCAAGGAGCAGCAGAAGAUCCGUCUGGAAGAGAUUGAGAUUGAAGUGGUGCAAAGGAAGAAAGAGAUCACCAUUGAAGAGAAAGAGAUUGACCGCACAGAUAAGGAGCUCAUCGCCACCGUCAAGAGGCCUGCAGAGGCUGAAGCCUACAAAAUGCAGCAGCUGGCAGAGGGUCACAAGAUGAAGACGGUGCUAAUAGCCCAGGCUGAGGCAGAGAAGAUCAAGAAGAUCGGUGAGGCAGAGGCCAGCUCCAUCGAAGCAGUGGGCAAGGCGGAGGCGGAGAAGAUGAGACUGAAGGCGGAGGCGUACCAGCAGUAUGGUGAGGCGGCCAAGACAGCUCUGGUCCUGGAGGCACUGCCAAAGAUUGCUUCUAAAGUGGCGGCACCUUUAGCCAAGACCAACGAGAUUGUCAUCCUGACUGGGGAAGGCAGCCGCGUGACGGGUGAGGUGAACCGGCUGCUGGCUGAACUUCCUGUGUCUGUCAAUGCACUGACAGGAGUGGACCUGUCCAAGAUCCCGCUGCUGCAAAAGAUGACCACUGCUCAAGCCUGAAGACUGAAGACUCCAAGUGACUCCAGUAUCUGUUGUAUGCACUCUCAUAGACUGCCUUUAAUACACUUGAAGACGUCUGUUGUUUGUUCAUGUAUAUACUGUAUACCAAGUGAAUUUUGGAAACCUCUGGUGCCUUACUUUAUACAGGACCAGAAAAUCUGCAUGCACUGCUGCUCAUUCAAAGAUUGUUUUAAUUUAUUUAUGUUUGGAAGAUGGUGUGCUGUAUUUUGUCCCAUUUGAGCAGAACACUGCUGAUAGUUGACCUGACAGCUGCUGUCUGUUCUUUGGUGUUUAUUUCAGACAAUGUGUGUUUAUUGAUUUCUCUACCUCCAUCUUUACUGUUAAACACAUUCCCUAGAUAAUUGAAUUUUUCUCUUGGUAACUGUGGAACCUACCUAUAUUGUACAUGUAAUUUUUAACUAUCAGAUGUUAAUCAGAUUGUUUUGCUUAAUUUUUAAGAUUUAACCAAGGUGCUCACAAUCCUAAAUGAAGCCCCUUUGCUGUGUUUAUGGUUUGUCUGCUCCUCGGUAGGAGCUUUGCUGAUCCUUGAAACUGUUCAUAUCAGGCAGAAUAUUAUUAUUAUUUAUGUGCAGAGAGAAAAGUUGGUGAGGUAUAAUUAGUAUAGUUUGCUUUGGUAUUGAUCACAUACUGUAAUGCCAAAAAUGUUAAAGGUUUGUGUUUUUACUGCAUCAGGAGAAAUAUUACACUGCAGAGCUCAUCACAGUCAUGUUUAAUAUCAUAGUAAAAAUACCAGAUGCUAAGCCCUGUUUGAUCGGGUGUGUGCACCACUCACUUUUUCUGCUUCACAUUUACUCAUAUGUUAAUUACUGUUACUAUAGACUAAGUGAUGUUUUAUCAGAGUAACUUACCUAGAAAAAAAGUGAUUUUGCUGUUUGUAGUGCUUUGUUUUGAGGCUCUAGUGCAGCUCUACACAGGAUCUAAUGCUUCGUUUACGCACUGAUGGGUUUCCACUUGCAUCAGUGAGGAUCCUGUGGUAUUUCAUCCAACUCCACAUUUAAUGGGGGUAAACUUUCAGUAGCCAAAGCCUGCUCCUCUCUCGUCUCUGUUGCAUUCACCCGUAAACCAAAACAAGAAAACAAUACCAGUUUACACAGGAUUUACAGACUGUUACUACUGUUGUUAACCAUUUUAACAAUUCUCUGCUGACAGUGAGUCUGCCAGCAAACUAGACAAAUACUGUGACUAUUGAUUUAUUUAUCAAAUAUAAAUAACAUCACAUUUGGGGUGUAGAAAGUAAGUUCUAAUUUGUCUUGUUUCUGGUUUUUGAUGUGAAAUGUGAUUUAUUACAUGACUCCUAAUGUUAUUUACAGUUCAUACACUGUCUCCAAAGGCCAUGAGCUCCUAUAUGCUUUUGCUGCAUGUCAUCUGUCUGUUGACUCCUAACUAGAUAUCAUUCCAAUAAAUUUAAAACGCCAUCAUUUA